AUCUUAGAGACCCAAUCUACAUUGUUUUCAGUUCUCUUUCAAAAAAACCAAACCAUAAAAACGUAACCUUAUUCACACUUCACAUUUAAAUUGCUCAAAUCCGCCAUGAAUCUAGAGUACUUCACCGAGGGACUCGACUGCCUGAUGUACUGCGGCAUGAAGCUAUCGCCAGAGCAGCGCAUCCUAAUCGAGAACUCGCUUAUCGCUUUGCAGAACGACAACCGCUUCUCGGGAAUGUAUCUUUGGGGUCGCAUUACUGCCACCAAGAAUGACUACUACAUCGCUUUUGGCUACACUAACGAUUGCCUAAAGGAUCGAAAGUAUUUCUACAGUCUGGAUCAGUUUCAGUGGCAGUUGUUGCCGUUUGUCCAGAGUCCCAAGAUUUUUCAGGCCACCAUACUGGCAAGAGAGCCAUUUAUUGGAGAUCCCAGCUUGAUGACCUACGUUAAGUUGGAUCCCACUUUUGAUAUUGUGGGCAACCAGGUGGCUGGCAUCAGUCCUCCCGAAACAGUCAAACUGAAGGAGGAGGAGAGACUUGCAGCCAUUGUGUUCAUUAUUACCGAGGAGUGCGCCAUUUGUCCCCGCGGAGCAUUCUACAAGAUGACCGAUGGCCGGGUGAUUCCCAACCAGAUGUUUCGUGGUCUGAACGAUCUGCAGAUUGACAACCAAUCCUAUUAUCAACUUUAUCGUCUGCCUCGCAACGAUCUUAAAGUGAACUUGGCCAAGAGGAGCGACUACAACUAUGCUAUUGACUUCCUGGACACCAUUGACUGUGUAAUACCGCUGGGUCAGUCUUUUGCCUUAAAUAUGCAACGAAAUGAGCGUUUGGUCGUAAUCAAGUCUUGCCUUUGGAUGGGCAUGACCUUCUUCCACAAAAUCAACUCGCAUAAACACGGUUUUCUCUACUUGGGCGAUGGCAAGAAGAACUUUGACUUGCUUUUCAUGUAUUGAGUUUUUGUUUAAAUAAUAAUUGUGGUUGUUCAUGAAGCAUAUA